UGCUUCUUAUCUGUGCCAUACCAACAUAUGUCGCCAAUAGAUGACCAAAGAGCAUCAUUUAAAUACACAAACUUUUCUUUCUCUUUCGAUGUUGAAUUUUUUCACGGUCAAUGUUAAGAUUCCUUAACAUCCAGCUCAGCUCCAAUGAUCUGACCUGGUUCUUCCUGAACAAGCAGACAUCGUGUCUUCUCUGCAGUGACCUUGGUACAUCACUUCUCAUGGCAGUGUUUCAGACCACUCCGUGGAGGUUGAUUUCUGGGACUUUAGGACUAAUCUGCCUUUUGUUGGUGGCUACUCUGGGAAUUUUGUUGAACAAUAUUUCAUUUACUGAACCUCAUAAUGAGUCAACUGUCUCUCCAGGCCCCAACAAAGAACUCCAGGAAGCCUCUGACUGCUGUCAUUGCCCAGAGAAGUGGGUUGGGUACAAAUGCAACUGUUACUUUGUUUCUACUGAAGAGAAAACUUGGGAAGAAAGUAGGAAAUCCUGCAUUUCUCAGAAUUCCAGUUUACUUCCGCUUCAAGACAAAGAUGAACUGGCUUUUAUGCACUCCAAUCAACACUUUUACUGGAUUGGACUCUCUUACGAUGAAAAACAUGCUGCGUGGUUUUGGGAGGAUGGCUCUCGUUUUUUGCAGGCAUUAUUUCCAUCAAUUACACCUUCAGAUCCAAGGAAAUGCAUAAUUUAUUGCGCAGUGAACAGUGGUACUCAUGAAUCUUGUGAAGAGAAAAAUCCUUAUAUCUGUAAAAGACAUCUCAUUUAAGUGUUUCUUGAGGGAGAGUGGGGACUAAGGAUCCAGGAUUACUAAGAAUGGUACUUUUACCUCAUAUUAUUACUAAUUAUCUAUUUCUUAGCUCUGUAAAAUGCUUCAUAUUGUCUUUUUAUACAAUUUUCAUACAUUUGAAGCCAUGUGUUUUAAAAUUGAUGAAAUUUGUGUACCUAUACCUGAAAUUAUAAAGUAUGAAGAAUUUUAUGAGUAUUUUGAUGUAAUGCAUAUGGUUAACAUAAAAUUCAGUGUCGUUUUAUUGCAUUUUCAUGUGAUUUUGCUUACAUUCUUAUAAACUCUCUUGGCAAAAAAUUAAAUAAAAUUUAAAUAAUUUUAAAUUAUUAAAAUAAUAUGUAUCAAAUAAUAAUAUGUAUCAACAUAAUAUGCAGCAACAUCACUUCAGUCCUUAGUGUGGCAUACUAAAUUGGGAAGUUACAAUCUCACCUCACUUUUCUCAAA